CAUAUUACAAGCAGGGGCGGACUGACAACUCAUGGGGCCCCCGGGCAAUAGGGGAUCAUGGGGCCCCUGUGUCUUUGCCCAAACAAAAAAACCUAUGAAAAAGGUACCAGGGGCAUCUCAUGGGGCCCCCUACUGACCCCGGGCCCUCGGGCAGUGUCCGAGUUCUCGGAUGGUCAGUCCGCCCCUGGUAUAAAGUACCAAGACCAUUAUUGUAACAGCAGGACAAUCAGAGAGCUAAUGUAUUCAGUAGGAGAGUUCAGUGAGCUUUCUUACCACAUGGCAGGUUUCCUUUAAACAAAUAAUUUAUUUCUGUUAUUAGUGUUUUCUGUG